UAAGUUGACUCUGACAGGUAUUGUCAAAGACAUGAUCUUAUUUCAAAACUCCGCCCACCUAAUGAUGUCGCUAAGUUCAAAAGACCUAGACGUAUCAGUUAUCAAGCAGUUCAGUUGUUUCUUUUUUACGCUCGUGCGUCGACUAGUAUGGGUUUUGACAUUGAGCGUUUUCUGGAGCAAAUUGACGAUGAUUUAACAUGUGGAAUUUGUUUUGGUGUUUUAGAGGAUCCACUAGUGACUACCUGUGGCCAUGUAUACUGUGCUCAAUGUCUAGUCCAAUGGAUUGCUGAAAACGGGACGUGUCCUCAAAGUUGCGAACAACUGGCUAUAGAUGAUUUAAAGAAGAUAGGACCACUUACGCAUCUUGUCUCAAAACUAAAUAUUCGAUGCGCAUAUUAUCAACGUGGUUGCCAAGCUAUUUUGAGGAUAGAAAGUCUUCAAGCGCAUCAACAUAAAUGCCAAUACGUAAAGGGUUUGACUUCCGGAGAUAAAAUUAUGGAAAAUUCUGAUUCUUGUGAUCAAUCAGUGCAGGUCGUCGUUUGCGACAGAGGCUGUGGACUGCCUCUUUUGUUUCAAGAUUCUUCUGGACACGAUUGUACUCAAGCUUUACAAACUAAUAUCGCUUCACUUCAAGUCAAAAUUACUAAACUAGAACAUGAAAAGGAGCAAAUUUCUGAGCGACUAGUUGAAAAGGAAGAGACUCUACAAGAGCGUAUUCUAAAUCUGGAAAACGAACUCMAUAGCUACCAAAUUCAAGCGUUGAAUUUUGAAAGACAAUUAAGGGAGUAUCGUUCACAAGUUGGGUUUUAUCAAAAACAUUUAGAAAUUCGUGGUGAGCAGCCUGUAGAAUCAAUGCAAGUUGAGGUAUUAUUAGAACGUAUCGAUGGCUCGCUUGGGUUCAAUAUUAUGGGAUCAAAUGAGGUCGGAAGCAAGUCGGUCGGGGGCAGUGGUAUUGUGGUUUCGAAAAUUGCUGAAGGGGGCCCUGCAGCAAAGGCAGGAGGGCUGAGGGUACAUGACAGAAUAAUGAAGGUUAAUGAUAUCGAUCUCUCUGAAGCGACACACUCCCAAGCUGUGCAAGCUUUCAAGGAGGCCACAGAGCCAAUAAAUAUAGUCAUACAAAGAAAAGUUGACAGGGCUAUUGAAUAUUUGAACACCGUGGUUUCAAGCGGAACGCAAACUGAAAGCCUGUCGCACGACGUGGACACAGAUAGCGGCAUACACGAUCGAUAUAGUCCUCGACAAGAUCUUUUACAGUUACAAAGAUCAAAAUCCCUUGACGAUGGAACAAGCAGUUCCGAGUGYUCGCAUAAAAGAAUGGACUCAAGCCGCGAUGACCUAGAGCUACCGAACUUCAGGGGAGGUGCAUUCCCUUUUUCAAGUGAUAUAACUAGCAACUCAAUCAAGAAUCAAGAUGAUUCGGUCCAUCAGGUCUCAUUUCUUGUUCAGGAUGCCAACAUGACAGAUGACAAUCCAAAUUACAUAUUUAAUUCAAUAGCAAUAACAGAUCAAGUUUUCUUUGAUGAAGAAUUGGAUUAUGAAUACGAGGAGGUAACUCUUUGGCUUGGUUCAGGAGACGUGGAUUUGGGACUUACAUUUUGUUGUGGUGAAGAAGACGAAUCGGCUGUUUACAUAUGUGUGAUUGAGCAAGAUUCAGUCGCCUACCUCGAUGGUAGACUUAUGCUUUGGGAUCAGGUUUUAAAGAUUGAUGAUCAACCGGUUACACAUAUCAAUGAUAUCGAGCCACUUGUUUGUGAAUCUUCGGAAACAAUCAAAUUUUUGGUUGCGAGGCCAGCUCAGGAGGUCCAGGCAACGUUCAUUGGUGCAGAAGGUAACGGAAAUUGGGAAUGUACAGASAGUUAUAGUGGAUUUAGAAUUGCAGCGAUUAAAGAGGAGGAUGAGGACGGCGCAGAAACUGUCAAUAGUGAAAAAACUACUGGGGACAAGUGUGAAAAAGACAGUGGAUUCGGAAGAACUGAUGAAAGUACAAAGAAUGACGAAAGUUCGGAACAUGAUACUCUAGAAAAAUUAAAGCGUUCAAAAGACAGAAGUAAUCGUAAAGGGGGUCUUGACUCCCCUGGAGAAACCCCGCCCCAUACACCCAAGAAGGAGAGCAAGUCAUCUCGUUCUAGGAAUUUGGACAGUGUAUCUAGUAGUAAAGAUAGUAGUAGUAGUAAAAACGUUGAUAGAGAAUCAAAUAAGCGUUCACCUGAGAGAACUGACAAGUAUAUUACAGAAAAAGAGUCGAAUAAACGCUCUCCUGAUAGAAAUGAUAAAAAACGAUCAAACGGGUCUCCGACGCAUAAAGAAAAACACCGAUCAGAUCGUAAAAGAAAAGACGAAYUUUCUAAAGAUCGAGGAGGGAACAACGAACGAGAUCGUGAAAAAGAACGUGAUAAAACCCGYGAUCGCGAUCGUGAUAAAGGAAAGCAUUCCGAYCAUCGUCGAUCGCGUCGUCUUGGWUGUGUGGAUAGAAGUAUUCGUGCAUCGUACAUGCGAGCGUGCAAUAGCUCCAUGCAACAAAUAGAUUUGUUUGGAAUCGAUGAUCCAGUGAACACAAGAAGUGAUCAAAGACGGAGGAAAUCCUCCAAGGAAGAUUCCAGCAAUGAGSCUGGCACGCAGCAGAAUGAAUGGAAGGUUAGAAUGACUAAAGAUGGUAAACAUAUCUUUGUUCGGAAACAAACUAGCACAACAGCUAGACAGGCACGRAAUAAGUUACUACGCGACCGGGCGCAGAAAAUUACGGAAGAGCGCCGGGGUUUAACAACGGAGGAUGAGACUCAGUCAGUCUAUCAGGGGCGGUACUGCCCUAGAGACAUGAGRAGACGGCAGCUUGAAAAAGUYCGASAAGCUCGUAUUCAAAGACAUCAAAAGCAAAAGGGCUCUGAUAGCCCCCACACUGCGGGCAGUGGUUCAGAGAGCGGUACAGGUCGMCGRGAUMUCAUAGUGGAACUUAGCAAACGAAGAAUGCUUAGGAAUAACGAACGUAGUUUUGAUGACUUUGUKACCGUACAAGAACUACUAGUGCAAAGAAAUAUUGGUGGRUGCCAAAGUGGUCCGAUUCACGUUACCACAGUAUAGGAAUAUUAAACUUUAUCAAAGAUAUUAUAUAUAAUAAACUAGAGUAUUUACAUGGAUGCUAUUAUCCCUGACAGCAGGCCAAUAUGCAGUAAUUGUGCAUCUUGGUGCAAGUGCGCAAGUGACUUGAUAGCAGAUCUUAAAUGACUUUCGUGCAAUCUUCAAUUCAUUCUUUUUCCGGUUUGAUCAUACUUUCCCUGUCUGAAACCUUUUYGAAACUCCUCACAUCGAUGAACUCUGCAUGCCUGGGACGAAAGCAGCCAUGUAAACGCACYGUGUGACCGUCAUAUAGAUUAUUACUUCUCCACCCCCUGUAAUGUCAGGGAGGGGAGRAGUGAUGUUUUUCACAUCAAGAAUCAAAACUACUGCUCUUCUCUCCUUUUUUCUCACCAAAUCUAGAUUAACUCUCCGCAGCUGCUUUUGUGAUGAAAGAAAGUUGUGAGAAAGCUCUCUCUAAGGGAUGGAAGUGCGCGUGGUUAGUUACGGAAACGCCUAGAACAKUAGUUUUGAGUUUUGAAGUGGGAAUAUCAUUAUACCCUUAUAAAAGGAGURUCUUUCAUUUCAAUUAAUUAAAACUCCUAUAGGAGGACAAAGUUUUUCAACUUUUGUUUAACUUGUUUUCAUUCCAUAGACAAUCGUAGUAGUUGUUACAUUUAGCACGUAAAAAACCUCGAUAUAUCCAACCAUGAAAAGUCAAGUUGAAAGAAAAGAAAACAGACGGUAUACUAUGUACUGCUAAUUGAUCAGUACUGUAUUUUACGGGUUAACUGUAACGACUCUAAUUUGUGUUUUAACCAAUAGUAGCUUUGCUAGUGGUUACAAGUUAUUAUUUCAAAAAUAGCGCACAGUCAUGUUGAUCGAUAUUAACUUGGUUUUCAUGUGCGCGCGUGUCCUUUAUGCCGCCAAUUAUUUAUGUUAUGUAAAUAUUAUUUUGUAUUAUAUUGUAUCAUACAAAGCAAUCUAAUAAUUUAAUAUUGUUUGAUAGUAUUGUGUUAAAAUCUUACGUUUGCAUAUACUGCGACACGUAAGUAUUUUACAAUGGAAGGGAGAGUUUCCUUUGGAAAGUAUAUAUAAUUUCGCUUCAGAGUUUAUGCGCGCGAGAAUCGUUAAUUAGAGUUUAAUAAUUUUAUCAUAUUUGGAGUUAGAUCAAUAUAAGCAGCUUAUUAAACUGAAUGAAAGAAAAAAA